AAGGCAUGGGGGGUGGCGGGUGGGGCCGUGAGGCCCCUCCAGCCCCCAACUGGGCAAGAGCCACCCGCCAGGGGCCCACCGUCCAUGCUGUCGCCUCUCAUCGACGUACCCCUGGAGGCCCUGAACCAGAUGAUCCUGGAGCUGGAUCCUACCUUCCAGCUGCGCCCACCGGAACCCGGGAGCACCUCGGCGGGCCAGGCCCCGAGGCAGCCCAGGACACCCCAGGAAACUGAGGCAGGCGGCAUCAAGUGCAUAGAGGUGACAUCAUUCCGACCCCGGUGCCAGGAGGCCACCCAAUGCUCUGACCCCUCGGUCACCCCGCUCUGCCACUCACCGCACUGGACGGGCCUCCUCCUCUCCCGGGAGAAUCUCACCACCAACGGCAGCGUCAUCUUCUCCGGGAGUCAGACCGGCCCCACCUCCUGCGAUCCCCCUCCUCGUCCCCCGCCCACUGGGAUGGUGCCCCCCAUCCGGCACCCCACCUCUCCGGGCAUCUCCAUCCCCGGCCCCAGGAGGCGGGACGUCAGUUCUCGCGGGUCCGGUUCCCUCCUGCCCGCGUCUCCGGGCUUCGAGCAUGUGCUGAGGGCCCAGCAGAGAGCCAGCAGGGCCUCCGUCCUGUCCAGCAGCCCCGGGUCGGACACCAGCUACAGCCUCGGCAGCCCCCAGACUCUCCUGCCCAGUGGCUCCCCCGGCCUCCAGGCCCUCUGCUGCUCCCUCUCCAGCCUGCCCAGCCUCCGCGUCCGUCCGGACUCCUUCGGCGUCCCGACCCCCGGGCCCCUGACCCCCAGCCCGGCCCCAGUGAGCGAGCCCUCUCCACUCCUGAAGGCCCACGCCAGCAGCUGCCCCCCAUCCAUCGCCAACUCCAUGAUGGACAUCCCCGUGGUUUUGGUCAAUGGCUGCCUGGAGCCAGGGGCCGCAUCCCCACAGCCAAUCCAACGGCAACUCAGCCCUUCCGGGACCCCCGCCCACCUCCCCGGGAUGUCCCACGGCUCCAGCAAGACCUCUUCGGACACCUCGUUAUCCGGGGGCACAGACGGUCCCAGCAGGGAAGCCCAGCCCACCAUGAAGUUUGUGAUGGACACCUCCAAAUACUGGUUCAAGCCCAGCAUCAGUCGUGACCAAGCGAUUGAACUGCUGAGAAGCGAAGAGCCGGGGACCUUCGUCAUCCGGGACAGCACCUCGUACAGGGGCUCGUUCGGGCUCGCCAUGAAGGUGCCGGAACCAGCCCCUCCGCCGGGCUCCCAGAGCCAGACAGAGGAGGAGAGUGGCAACCAGAUCCGACACUUUCUCAUCGAAUCUUCCGCCAGAGGGGUGCAUCUGAAGGGGGCUGGAGAGGAGCCCUAUUUCGGGAGCUUGUCUGCUUUUGUGUACCAGCAUGCCAUCAUGUCCCUCGCAUUGCCCUGCAAGCUGGCCAUCCCUAGGAAAGAUUUUGGCAGUGGAGAAGGGAACGUCACCCCGCCUGUGGACAGGGGGACCGCUCAGCUGAACAGAUCUGCUGCCUGCAACGUCCUGUACCUGAACUCGAUUGGCGUGGAGACCCUCUCCGGGGCCCUGGCCGUGCGGAAAGCCGUCUCCGCCACCCUCGAGCUGGAGACCCUCCCCGUUCCCGCUGCCGUCCACUUCAAGGUCACCCAUCAAGGCAUCACCCUCACGGACAUCCAGAGGAAGGUGUUCUUCCGGCGCCACUACCCGCUCGCCACUCUCCGCUUCUGUUGUCUGGACCCGGAGUACCGGAAGUGGCAGAAAUACUGUAAAGCAGCCAGGAUCUUCGGUUUCGUCGCCAAGAGUCAGACGGACGCGGCCGAGAACGUCUGCCACCUGUUUGCCGAGCACGACCCGGUGCAGCCGGCCUCCCUGGUCAUCGACUGCGUGAACUCCCUGCUGCCGGACCUGGAGAAGAUGUAGGGGGGCGGGGGAGCCGUGCCCACAUCCUCCGGCCCUCCCCCCAGCAGCCCCUUUGACCAUGGGUCCCAGAAGGAGGGCGUCGAUACGAGGUGAGCCCCUCAGGGACUGUGGCCAUCUGCCAGGGGUGAAGCGGGAGCCGGCUCCCGGGGGCGGCCCAGGACACUGAACUUUGAACCGGAGCCUGGUGGGGGCUCUGAGGGUGGGCAGCCCAGGCACCCUUCACCCACUACUGCCAACAGGAACAAGGUCAGAAACCGGAUGAGGUCAAAAAAACUGGAUGAGGUCAGAAACCGGGCCUGGGCCCACCUGGCCGCGGACACUGCCCCUCUGCCAGCCCAGGAAGAAGCGAAGGGGGUUAACGCGUAGGGCUCCCCUCUGCUGCUGGGUCUUGAGUCUGUAUCCUUGCCCUCUUUUCCGCUUUUGCUCUUCAUGCUGCCCUGUGCCCCCUUUCCCAAGCCGACCCCCCUCCAGCGGCCCGACCAGGCCCUUCUUGGGGCGGGGGUCUCUCUCAUCACCGAUGGGGGCGUCCCGGAGGGCAAGGCCUGGGAAGGUCUGGCCGAAGAGGCCACGCAGGGGCAGGGCUGAUGAAGAAGAGGUGACCGGCCACGUUCCCCCAUCCCCCUACCCAGGGGAGGUGGCCCUGGGCCGGGGAGUGCAGAGGAUGCCAGCCCAUGGCGGGGCGGGGAUAGAGGCCCAGGCCUUCCAGGUGCGUGACCCUGGCUUGGCAUCAGACCAUCAAGGGGACAGGGGGACGGGCAGGGGGAAACCCGAACCCAGCCCUUUCCCUCCCUGCUGUUGCAAAUCGACAGGCCGCAUUCUUCCCCCAUGGGGGGAAAUCCAGAGGGAGAAACCAAGCCCCAGAAAGGAGGAGGGUCUCCAGAGUUCACUCCAGCCCCUCCGAUCUGAUCUGGGGGGGGAAACGUGUAAAUAAAGAAAAGUCCAUUGUAUUCGACGCACGCAAAGUAGACCCCGGCCCGGACGAGGAAGGGGUCUUCGGGCCCGGGACACGUGUCAGCCACAGAGUGGUCCCCAGCUUGGUGGGGGGGUUGGGGGGUCUGCCAGGGUCCUGAGAAUCCCUCAACACCACCCCCCCACACACACACACCCCACCCCACCCCCAACGUCGGGAAUUUGUCCCCCACAGGCAGUUGCA